CGGUUGUAAAAUGCAGGCCCCCUCUCUCCAUGGAACGCUCAGAGGAUCGCCAGAAGCCACCCAGGACGCCUGCCUAUGAUCACCGUACGUCGUAAGCUCCCAUGCUUUCUACACAUGUCCUCCACGUGUGAGGAUGCAAAUAAUGGCUUACAUUAACCAAUAUGCCUCGAUCAACGUUCUCGCUGUGCCUUUAUGCCGGCAUCACCGUGGUUUGGUACGCUGCAUUCAUCACGUUCAUGAUCGCCGCGCUUGGAUUUGUCAUCGCGGCAUUGUGGCGACUGAUCGAUCCAGCCGCCAGUCGAGCACCUUACGGCGUCCUUUUCAAUAUGUCCGCUGCACAGGCCACCCCGCUCUCAGUUCAACUCGAGUUGGACUUCAUCACGACCAAGUUUGCAACUGCACGCGUCCUUCGGCCAGACCUCAACGCAGUCAACCUCCUCGCGAUAGGUCGUGCAGUGGACCUCAACAUGGUGUGCGGCGUCGCGUGGAGCGAUGCCAUCGGCGAUAUGCAACGGCAGUUGGAUUUGCUUGCGCAGGCUAUUUCAAGCCAUCCCUCGACGUGCUCGGCCGUGCUCAUCGGCAACGAUGACAUGGCACGUAUGUCGUCCGAAACAGUUCGGCAAGCAAUAGUGACUACACGGGAGAGUGUGACGAAGGCCGUGAUGACUUGGAAAGAUCGGCAUCCAAAGGAUAGCACCACGAUCCAAGUACCUGUUGGGAUCGCUCAAACGGAUGCCCAGUGGGUUACUGCGACUGGAAUCGUCAUGGCUACGUAUUGCGACGUUGUGGGCGUCAAUAUUUAUCUCGACUCAGACGACAUGAUCGAUACUCUGAAUGUGAAAUGGAAUGCGAUGAAGGCGCUGUUUGGCGAUAGAGUCCGUUUGACGGGCGCGCGACUUGGUUCAUCGAAAGCUGCUGCGAUGGGGGCCUUUGAAACAUGGGCGCGAUCACGCAAGGCAGACAAGCUUGCAAUUUACGCCGAGUAUACCAGCCCGUACACGAAGCGGUGACAACACAUCUUAUGGUGCG